AACCCACUUUUAAAUAAAGAAGUAUAAUGAAGCCCCUCCAACAACCAUGUUUUUUUCUAUUCCCUUAGGAUAUUGACCAGAAGUGAUGGCAGCAGGAAAUCAUUCCUUGGUGACUGAGUUCAUCCUGGCUGGACUCUCAGAACAGCCAGAGCUCCAGCUGCCCCUCUUCCUCCUCUUCCUAGGAAUCUAUGCAGUCACAGUGCUGGGGAAUCUCAGCAUGAUCACACUGAUAAUACUCAGUUCUCACCUUCACACCCCCAUGUACUAUUUCCUCAGCAGUCUGUCCUUCAUUGAUCUCUGCCAUUCCACUGUCAUUACCCCCAAAAUGCUGGCAAACUUUGUGACAGAGAAGGACAUCAUCUCCUACCCUGAAUGUAUGACUCAGCUCUAUUUCUUCCUUGUUUUUGCUAUUGCAGAGUGUCACAUGUUGGCUGCAAUGGCCUAUGACCGCUAUGUUGCCAUCUGUAGCCCCUUGCUUUACAAUGUCAUCAUGUCUUAUCACCUCUGCUUCUGGCUCACAGUGGGAGUUUACUUUUUGGGCAUCAUUGGAUCUACAGUUCAUACAAGCUUUAUGUUGAGACUCUUUCUGUGCAAGACCAAUGUCAUUAACCAUUAUUUCUGUGAUCUCUUUCCACUCCUUGAACUCUCCUGCUCUAGCACCCACAUCAAUGAGUUACUGAUUCUGGUCUUGAGUGCAUUUAACAUCCUGACUCCAGCCUUAACGAUCCUUGCCUCCUACAUCUUCAUCAUUGCCAGCAUCCUCCGCAUUCGUUCCACUGAGGGUAGGUCCAAAGCCUUCAGUACCUGUAGUUCACACGUCUUGGCUGUUGCUUUCUUCUUUGGAUCUGCAGCAUUCAUGUACCUGCAGCCAUCAUCUGUCAGCUCCAUGGACCAAGGGAAAGUGUCCUCUGUGUUUUAUACUACCAUCGUGCCCAUGUUGAAUCCCCUGAUUUAUAGCUUGAGAAACAAGGAUGUCAAAUUUGCCCUGAAGAAAAUUCUCAGUAGGGCAGCAUGUUUGUGA